CACCUGGAGCAAAAUCUGUAAAGAAUUAUAACAAAACGUCUCAUCAAAACAACGCCUCCCCCUAUAGGAAAUAAAAGUGAAAGUUUAGAGUUUUUUAAAAAACAUAAAAACAUAAUUUAUUGUCAAUGUUUAAAGCACGUGUUAAAGAAUUUGAGGAAGCACUAGAAGGUCCCGACAUUGACAUAAAUGCACUGCGAAACCUUUGUUUUUAUGGAAUACCUGACAUUGGUAGUUUCAGGACAACUUGUUGGAAAAUACUUCUCGGCUACCUAGGACCUAAACGGAGCACAUGGACUGAAACGCUUAGCAAAAAACGAGCAUUAUAUCGUCAAUUCAUAGAAGAAUUAGUACUACCACCUGGUCUGAAUGGAAACGACAAUCAAGAUAAUACAAAUACUGGACUUAAUGAUCACCCUUUAAGUGAGGGGCCUGAAAGCGCUUGGAACACAUUCUUCCAAGACAAUGAAUUCCUCUUGCAAAUCGACAAAGAUGUUCGACGCUUAUGUCCAGAUAUAUCGUUUUUCCAACAAGCAACUGAAUACCCUUGUGACAUUGUGGUGCAUAGCAAAGGGGAACGAAGAUUGCAUCAACGUGUUGUCCCUACUAUGUUGAGCUCAGCAAAUGUAGAACGCAAGGGCUUAGGAAUUACAAAGAUAAAUCUUAUAACAAAGCGUUCAAAUGAAAAUUACGUGGCAAUGGAGGAAGGGCUGGAAGCACAUUGGGAAGUAGUGCAGCGCAUUCUCUUCCUUUAUGCAAAACUAAAUCCAGGACAAGGCUAUGUCCAAGGCAUGAAUGAGAUUGUUGGUCCAAUAUAUUAUAUUAUGGCUUCUGAUCCUGAUCUGGAAUACCGAAAAUAUGCUGAAGCCGAUUGUUUUUUCUGCUUUACCGCUUUGAUGAGUGAAAUACGCGAUUUUUUUAUAAAAACACUCGACGAUUCUGAAGGCGGUAUAAAAUUUAUGAUGGCAAAACUAGCUAAUAUGCUUAAAGAAAAGGAUCCUGAAGUCUAUAAUAAACUAAAAGAACAAGAACUGCAUCCACAAUACUAUAGUUUUAGAUGGAUAACUUUGCUGUUAUCACAAGAAUUUCCAUUACCCGAUGUUGUGCGCAUAUGGGAUUCUGUUUUCUCCGACGAGCACCGUUUCGAAUUCCUAAUAAGAAUAUGUUGUUCAAUGAUUUUAAUACAACGAGAACUCAUACUUCAAAAUGAUUUUGCAUCAAAUGUAAAAUUGUUGCAAAAUUAUCCGCCUAUCGAUAUCAACACAGUGUUGUCUCACGCUGUAUCUUUAAAUGGAUGAUACAGAUUGUAAUUAAUU